GGCGGGAACACUAACAUGACAACAAACAUGGGAGAGCACAAAUGUCCAACAGCUUGCGUAUAUUUCAAGACUUGACAAGCCCAGUCAGUCUAAGUCUCUACACAUCAUCAAGAAAGAAAGACUUGAAAGACUUGAAAGAAGUAUAUUGAAAAAAAAAAUUUCUGUAGUAGUAAGGUAAUAGAAAUACUUCUUUAGAAAUUAUUCUUCGAUUUAGAAAGGCUUGAUUUCGCUUUUUUUCUUUCCUUUCUAAUUCCUUUAUUGUUUCCUUUGAAGAAUCAACGAAAGAAACUAGUACAUCCAGAGAGCAGUCGUCUUCUAAGAAUUCAAUAUUGCUGAGUUUUCGAAGUAGUUGGUUCUUUUUGCGUUCGUUGCUUAUUCUGUUGAAAACUUACAAUAAGAAACAUUUCCAUAAAAUACCAGACUUUAUUCCCUUGUUUCUCUCUCCCUCUUGUCCCUCGCAGUCAUGUCAGAAACAUUGGUUUUACACUUCAGAGUUCCUACGGAGCGAUUUCGAGACAUUCUAGAAUCGGUGAAAGAAAAUGAUACUUCUCGCACUUCUUCGCCGACUCAAGCUUCGAAAGCACAAGAUAAGCUCGCACAGCUGAAGAAGCCUAGGGCACCCUAUGGAAUGGGUCCAAGAGCGAUAAGGCGGAGAGAAAAGGCUGAAAAGGACCGUCAAGGCACAAACACAGAAGAACCGAAUGGUGCCUCCCAUCCUUCUUCAGGAAACGUGACCCCUACGCAUGCUGCUUCUCGUUCUGCUCCUAAAACGAAUGCAAAUUUGAUCAAUUCGGGUUUGCGAGCCCUAGACAGAUCUGGCAAGCCUUGCCGAAAAUGGGAAAAGAAGCCUAUUUCUAUUCGAAGCGUAUCCACUAUUGUCUGGAAGCUUCCAACUUGGUUGGGGACUCCGGAUGCAAAUGUUUCUGAAACUUCGACUUCCUCUCCUAGAUCAACAACUCAAGACAGUCAUCAAGAGCCUUUAAAUGAAUCAAACAUGGCCAAUCCAGAAUCUAGCUCUACGGAAAUUACCUCCCCUACUGACUCAAUGGCCAGCUAAAUGCAGAGCUCCAUACCUUUUCGUUUAUCUUUCAUAAUUUUUCCACGG